UGCGUCAAAGCGUACGUUCGUCCUGAUUACUGGGAACCUAAUGAGACCUGCAUUGCUUGCCGAGUCUGUUGCCAGGCCUUCUCUCUACGUCGCCCUAUUCAUCACUGUAGAGCAUGUGGAGCUGGCGUCUGUGACAAUUGCUCAUUACACCGGCAACCUGUGCCGAAUCGUGGACUUGAUAUUCCUUCACGUGUCUGUAAUCACUGCAUUGAUGCCGGCCUUUUGACGCCAGCUAUCACCUUAAAUCUCUCCAACCUCACCUCUCCUGAGUCCCCAUCCUCUCGCUUCAACAUGCCAGUUAUUCAAAAUUCGCGAAUCCUUCAUCGUCUGGAAGAGCCUCCGCCUAAAGUUUCAUCUCGGGUAGCAACGUUUAAUCCGAGCAAACCUCAAACUUCCCACGCCUGGACACCCAGGCCUAGUGUAUCGAAACCUGCUACUUCGACUUCCUUGGUUGAUGAGGAUUCCUUUUCAAGCUCGGAUUUCAACCUUUCGAACCACUCUACCUUUAGGUCUGUACCUUUGGCAGUCCCUUGUAUCCGACCCGUCAUUUUGCAGAAUAGUGACCUUUCACCUUUUCCUUAUGGUCCACAGCCAGCUCCGACUGAACUUAUCUCCGGGGUCGAGAGCACUAAUGUUUAUGGCUUAAACAGCAGUGGUGAUGAAAAUGCUGGAGGUAGUAAUGGCGGUAAAAGGGGAAUUACAAAAUCGCGACGCGGUAUCACAGGUGGAGGUCGAGGUUAUUAG